AUGGAAGUGGGACGAGGCUACGCCUUGAAGACCUUGUUUUCCCCAAGUGGAAACAAUGGCUUGUCAAGUCAGGGCUUCUUGUUUUGGGCCCCUCGAUUUGACAUUGGGCUUAUUUCCCAACUUCAAUGGGAGCUGGAUCGUGUUUUGGAAUUUGAAGCGUUGAAACGGAGAGAAAAGGAAUUGACGGUGGAUUUCGUGUUCUUUGACGGCUAA